GUGGCUUUAAUUAUCUCCCUGUGGAUCUUUCGCGGACCUCAGAAAGCACAUACGCUGUCGUCGAGGCUCGAGACGCUACCCCGAGUUUUCUCUCCUGGACGGAGAAGCGUUUCUGUUGCGCACGGGGACUUCGGUUUUCCUUCCAGUAGGCUCCAAGCCUUUUUUCUGUCCCAUUUCUUGAACCCUUUUCUGAGAGACCCGCCAUUUUCCGUGAGUUUGGAAGUACUAGAUUUUAUUUCGACCGUUCGUCUGGACGCCGCGGUGGACCACCGAUCCUUGUAGAGUCGACAGGAGUUUUCCCUAUAGGGACUCCAAGGAAAAGCGUGUACCCUUGGGGUGAUCAAACUGCACCACAGUGUCUCCCUUGCUGCCACGUCUCUCCUAAUUGGCAAAAUGGCAACUCACAACUGUCUCCGCCAGACUGCGGCGCAAAUGCUUGGCCAAAAUGCCAACGUCUUCCGCUUCUUCUCCAAGUCGGCACCCUCCCGCCCCUCCGGCAACGUCGCCCUGGAGUCUGUAAAAAACGCCGCGGUUGCCGAAACAGAGACGUUUGCGGGCAGAGCCAACGUAGCGGCAGGCACUGGGAAACUCGAAGGAUCCCUGUUGCCUCCGCCUCACAUUCCUGGAAUCCGCAGAGCCCCCCGAGAGCCUGCGUCUCCCAAGAUGGCUGGCAUGGAGGGUCGAAUGCCUGUUCGCCUUCCGCCUGAGGGCUCUCGCUUCCGUCAAUACGUCGACCCGCGGGCGGACGUUUACUUUCCUCUCACGGCUGUUUUGGUGACGCUGGGGCCUCUCUACAUGUUCUCCAAAGCCUUCUUCUGAAGCUGGUUCUACAGUGCCGUGGUGCGCGUCUCUCCUCUGGGGCGCGAACUCCAAGAAAGCCGCGAGAAAGGCGCCGUUUUGCGAGUUCUGACGGAGAGCUCGACUCGAUGACUUCGCGCCGUCUGCGCUCCGGUGGUGCCCCUUCCUGCGUUGUCCAUGAUGUGUUCCUCAAGUUCAACUGAAGCCGAACGGUCGUCUCUGGACACUGUUUCACGAAACCUCAGCACAGUUGAUGUUAAAAGCAAGAACAGUCACUGUUCCUACGCCGCUGUCCAGUCUGGUGGAAACGGAACAUUGAUACGGAUGAGAUUCCCUGCAGCAGCUUUGCUUUCGCCUAGUGAACUCACUACAGUCAAAUUCGCCACAACUCUUUCGGUAGUGUUGUGUGGCGGCUCAGAGAACUGGAAAAAGGAUGUUUGCGGGUAGCCGUGACCACAGUCACCAUCGAAGCUUACGUGCUUGCACUUUGUCGUCGAGCGGAACGUGACGAAAAAUAUAACAGUCCACUCCUUUCUCUUCGGACGGAAUCAAUAAUGUGAUUUAUUCAGUCGCCACAAGCUGUCGAACACUACGCAUCUCGGCGUACCCCCAGCGAACCUUUCUGUGCCAGCGCUGUGCGCAUGGACUUCCGCGCUAGACUACCGUGAAUCAGCGAGCAUGAUGCACACUGUGGAGAUCAGAAGGGUAGUUUUCCCAUACAAGUACAGCCUCGAAAUAAAAGACAACGGCAGAAAACCUUACCGAGGUCGGGUGUCCAGAAACUUACAGCACUGCCGAGUGGAACCUGCGGAAGUGUCGGUGGUCCAACUAAGGCUGCUCAAGGUGGAAUGGCGGUCAGAGAG